AAAAGGAAAUUCCUUCCUUGAUCUCUCUCUUUUGUUUUUGUAACGCUCUUCAGCCUUUCUACACGUAUAAAUAAUGAGCCACUCUCCGGCGCAGUUCUUCGUCACUCUUCCCUUCCCGAAUCAGAGAGUGUGACCGAAGGAGAGACAGAGAAACCACUUCGAGACCUAGUGUGAGAUGUCGGACACAAAUAUGGAGGAUGUGAAGGUGCGGGAGAACACAGAAAAUACACUUGAAGGCCAGGUUGAUGUAGAAUUAUCUGUGGAUGACCCCCAACAUGUGGACAAGAACGAGGAAAAUCCGAUGCCCUCACACCAGCAAGAGGAAGAAAUAAUCAAGAAAAAGUAUGGAGGAAUGAUACCCAAAAAGCCUCCACUUAUAUCCAAGGACCAUGAACGUGCUUUCUUUGAUUCAGCUGAUUGGGCAUUGGGAAAGCAAGGAGCUCAGAAGCCCAAAGGACCGCUGGAGGCACUCCGGCCAAAAUUACAGCCCACACCGCAACAGCAAGUACGAUCUAGACGUUCUGCAUAUGCUCCAUCAGAGGACAGCGAAGACGGUGGCAGCAACAUAGCUAAUGCAGAGGAUCAGGAUGGCCAUGAGUAACUGCUGAGACAAAAGGCAAUAACAGGUCCUUUCUUCCGUAUCAAAGAAUAAGCAUGACAAAUGGCUGGUGCAUUGUUGUUGUAAAAUGGAAUAGACCUGGACUCUCUAUUGCUGAGAAUUAUGCAUUCUACUCGUGUCAAACUGUCGAUUGCCAGUGCAGUGUGCAUAGUUGUCUAAGCCAGAAAUAGUUUAUGUAUAAUGGAUAUUUCUCAGUUCAGUCUUGUUAUUCAACCGUUUUGUCCAUCUUAAAUUUGUUAUGCUAGGUUAGUACUUUUAAUUUUAGAAGGUAUUAUAACACUAGUUAACUAGUUUAAAAGCUAAACACCAGAUGACUAUUCAGUGACUCGGACAUCUUGCUUCGCCAUCUGAGAUGUGGAGAAAUUAGUCUCUUUUUGUGGUGACUGCUA